AUGAAAAGUUUUGAUUAUUAUAUAAACGGAUUUUCGAACAGGCCGCCACUUGUAAGAGAGGAGGAAGUGAGAAACAAACAUUUAAGUAUGUCAGGUACUGAAAUGAUAAAUUUUUUUUUAACGUUCGGUUUUUUAGUUGGAGACUUUGUGCCGUGUGAUAAUAAAUUCUGGCAUUUUUAUAUUGUUUUACGCCAAAUAUUUGAUAUUGUUGCUGCCACUAACAUUCAGACUGAAAUAUCGAUAUUGUUGGAGCAACUCAUUUUUGAACACCAUACAUUGUACAAGGAACUUUUUAAAGAUAAACUAAAACCUAAGCAUCAUAUUAUGCUACACUUUCCUAUAAUGCUUGAAAUGUCAGGACCAUUAGCUUUAUUUAGCACAAUGAGGCAAGAAUCUAAGAACAGGCUUAACAAGAUUCGUGCUAAUGCCACAUACUCAAGAAGAAACAUUACUUUUACAUUAGCGUUCAAAGAAUCUCUGCAAAUGUGUUAUAGAUUAGUAAGUCAACUAGGAUUUACUCGGAAAUUUGAAAUGGGGCCAGGGAACAUUUUAGACGAAUUGCCUGAAAACGAAAAUUCAGAUUAUUCGUCCAUCUCUGUUGAUUUUAAAGCAACUUGCAUAGAAGUUCCAUGGAUUGAUUAUAAGGGAACAAAAUACAAAAUUGGUAUAUAUGUUGUUCUUGGUUCAGAUAAUUUUGAAUUGCCUAUCUUUGGUGAGAUUCAAAGGAUAUAUUGCACGGAGGGCUUUAAGGUUUGCCUUGUAUGUUGUACUUUUAAAACAAUUGGUUUUGAUGAACAUAUGCAUGCAUAUGAAGUUCAAAUGAGUGCUAAAAUUUCUUAUAUCAACAUUGAUGAUUUGUUUGAUCACAUUCCAGCUAUUUCAGUCAGAAUGAAUGAUGGCAAAUAUUUUAUUUCUACAAGGCAUGCAUUGUGAGUAUGUACUGACAAAUAUGUUAAUGAUUUAUCAUAAAAUUACUUUAAUUUAGAAU